AAAAGCAGUUGUCAACCAUCAGUGCAUAGUGAAACAAAUUGUGUUGCGAACAUUAAACGGUAAAACUGCAGAGAAUUUUUAAACCGGUGAACAUGAAGCUAUAUACUAUAAAUCCAUUUUACACGUCUCUGUUUUCAGUGAUUAUUUUUGCGGCAUUAACCUCUUCAUUCUCAAUUUUUUCCGAAAAUGGUCACACAUAUAUAAAUUCAAAAUAUGAAGUCGUUUAUGGAGGAAAAAAAGUUUUAAGAGUAGAUGGAUUUGAAGUUCCUGGAUUGAAAAGCUAUAGGAAAUUACGAGCUGGUGAGAGAUUAAAAUUACAAGAGUUAAAGAAAAUAAGAGAUAUACAGAGAGAAAAGGAGAGAAAAGAGUGGUAUGAAGCAAGAGAAAAGGAACGGAUGUUACGUGAGGCUGAGAGGGAGAAGGAACGGGUGCAACGUGAAAUGGAUCGACAAAAGCGUGAGGCUGAUAGAUUGAAAGAACAGGAGCAACGUGAAAAAGAUAGACAAAUACGUGAGGUGGCACGGGAAAUGGAACGACAACAACGUGCAGAACAAAGGGAAAUAGAGCGAAGACAGCGUGAGGAAGAAAGAGAACGAGAUCAGAGGAGACGUGAUGCCGAAAGGGCACAACGUGAAGCGGAAAGAGAAAAAGAGCGAAGACAGCGUGAUUUCGAAAGACAAAAGGAGCUACGAAAACGCGAAGAAGAAAGACAAAUUUAUCAACGACAACGUGAAAUGGAGCAAAGACGACGCUAUUAUUAAGAAAGAAAAAUAUUAACAAAAAAAAAAAAAUUAAAUUAUUACAGGUAUAAGCUUAAAUACAUUUCC